UUGAAAUUUCUAACGAAUUGUCAAAAUUUGUCAUCAAAGAAAACGAUACGAAAUAAAAAUAUUUUUGAAUAAUAAUUUUUGUAUUAAUCGUUAUGUAAUUAUAAAUGUAAUUAAUCACAAAUGUUACAAAGCUGAGGAAUAAAUAAACAAGUUUGUAGAAUAGGACGGUAAUUGUACAUAAUGUGGGAACAAAACAUGAAAGCUACUUGGUUGUUUGUAACAGUGUUCAACUGUGUAUACGGCCAAGGAUUGGAGCUGCCUUAUAAUCCUAACUACCAGCAGCCUUAUCAACCGGACACCAACCAGAACGGAACGUAUCGUCAAAAUCCGCAGGUACCCUAUGGUAGUUUUCCGGUUAACGGUAUCGAAUACACCAAUCCCGCCCAGAGUUCUUUUUAUCAAGACAGUUCCAACUCUGAUGUUUAUGGCGAGGGAGAAAAUGAAGUCGAUCCACAAAACACUGCCACUUACUAUGCAGAGCUAGAUUACGAAGAGCGAUACAGGUGUCCCCCUAAUUGGAUUCGGUUUCGAGAGGCGUGCUAUCGUUUCACGAAAUCUCCAGACCGACCUCGUAACGAAGCUCGCAAAAUAUGUCAAGCAUACGAGGCAGAUCUGGCAGCUUUGAACAGUCCAGAAGAACAUGGUUUUGUCAUCACUAAUUUGAUGCGUUUAGAUCCUCAGAAAGGAUCGUGGUACAUUGGCGCUCACCAACAGACACCAGGCUACUGGGUCAAUGAAGCUGAUGGUUCACAAUUGACAGGUUUAGAAAAUGCUUUUUUUGAUGAUAGAAAACUGACAUACACAAGUUACAAUUUACUGCCUAGAGAUUACUUAGUUUAUAGGUUUUCCCACGAAGAUGGCCGUUGGGGUUUGGCACCAGUUGAGGGCACUCAGUAUUACCACUUUAUUUGUGAAGGACAAACACAGAGAUUGCAUUACCUGAUAGAGGAAGAAAGAUCCUUCACAUACGGCUUAGAUACUUAUGAUUUGGAGAGGUUGCCUCGAGGACCAUACUUUAUAAAAGAACCAGUAGAUAUAAUCUAUGACCCAACAAAAAAGAAUCAUGUUCAGUUAACUUGCAUAGCUGGUGGAUACCCUGCACCCACUUACAAAUGGUUCAGAGAAGAUUACCAAGUAGACAACCCUGUGUUUACCGAAAUCGAUCCCCUCUCAGAUUCAAGGUUUAUUCUAAGUGGAGGCACUCUAAUGAUAGACCAGCCUGAUGCUGAGAAAGACAAUGCAAAGUAUCACUGCACAGCCACUAAUAAAUUUGGUGUUAUUCGAUCAGAAUCAGUGCGAUUAUCCUUUGGUUUUAUUAGAGAGUUCAAUCAAAAAAGACCAGUUGAAAGCGGCAAACAAUAUUGGGGCAAGGCUAUGUAUUGUGAUCCCCCAUCAUAUUACCCAUCGGUAAAUUUCCUCUGGGCUCGUAAUUACUUUCCCAACCUUGUAGAGGAAGAUAGGAGAGUGUUUGUCUCUUAUGAUGGAGGUCUAUACUUCUCAGCUCUAGAGACUAUCGACAGAGGAAACUACAGUUGUAAUGUGAUGAGUAAAGUGUCUGAUGCAGGUCGCAAUGGACCAUUCUUCCCCCUUCUUGUGUACCCACAUUCAGAUUAUCAGCAACUUAAGUUCCCUAUUGGGUUUCCUAAAGUGUUUCCAGAUGCCCCUGUAGUUGGACAGGAGAUAAGACUUGAAUGUGUUUCUUUUGGUUAUCCAGUACCUUCGUACAAUUGGACAAGAAAAAAUGGUGGCAUCCCUAAACAAGCUCAACUGAGCAGCUUUGAUCGUGUUUUGACAAUUCCCAAUGUUGGUGUUGAAGAUGAAGGCGAGUACAUAUGUGAUGUGCGCAAUGACAGAGCCCGCAUUUCAAAUAGUGUCUUUCUUAAAGUACAAGCUGAACCCAACUUUACCAUUCCAUUAACAAAUAAGCAUAUGGACAAUAAAGGUGAUUUACACUGGAAUUGUGAAGCUUUUGGUAUUCCUGAUGUCAAUUACACAUGGUGGAAAAAUAGCGAAAAACUGUCUAUGGACACAUUAGCACCUGAAGACAGAGAUAGGUAUGUAAUACAAGAUAAUGUACUCAUAAUCAAGUUCUUAGAUCCAACAAGAGACCCUGGCAUGUACCAGUGUGAAGCCAAAAAUCAAUUGAAAGCUAGAUAUUCGACAGGCCAACUUCGUGUUUUAUCUCUUAAACCAUCUUUUAAAAAGCGACCUCUAGAAUCUGAAACCUACGGAUCGGAAGGAGGCAAUGUCACACUUCGAUGUAAUCCUGAGGCAGCGCCGAAACCUACAUUUACUUGGAAAAAAGAUAAUAUUGUCAUCGGAGCUGGGGGUAAGAGAUUUAUUACCGAAACUGGCAAUCUUAUCAUAAGGCAGCUGUCGAGAGAUGAUGAAGGAGUUUACACUUGUGUUGCUAAAAACCAAUACGGCACUGAUGAAAGUCGCGGUCGUCUCAUAAUUUUGCGUGCUCCGCGUUUCUUAGCACGAUUACCGCCGCGUAUCACGACCCAAGUUGGUUCAGUAAUAUUCUUGCACUGUAAUGCUGAUGUUGAUUCUCUUUUGGACACUGCUUACCUUUGGAAUCAUAAUGGUAUAGGAAUGAGAGAGAAUGCGGACGUUUACGCCGACAAGCGCUUCAAGAUCGAUGGAGGGGAAUUAACUAUUUAUGACGUGAGUCUAGCAGACGUUGGAGAGUACGAAUGCAUAGUUAAGUCUGCAAUCGGGCGGAUUUCAACACGUACGCAAUUGCGCAUCGAAGGCCCACCGGGCCCGCCCGGAGGUUUACAAGUUAUCAAUAUCCAACGUGAUUCCGUGACUCUCGAGUGGACCGACAGUAGCCCCAACGGCCGUCCGAUCACCAGCUACGUUGUCACAGGUCGCACUCAAUGGAAUUCCACUUGGUACGUCGUUAACGAUAAUGUCGUAAAUGUUAUGGAAAUCGAUAGAUAUAAUGGUCGAAAGCGAGCAUCCGUAUCCACAACUCUUAUGCCAUGGUCUGUGUAUGAGUUCAGAGUACAAGCUGUUAACAGUUUGGGGGUGGGAAAACCGUCUUCGCCUAGUCCUCAGUUCUCGACUACACCUGAUAAGCCAUAUCACGCUCCGUUCAACGUGGGCGGCGGUGGCGGCAAAAUCGGCGAUCUCACUAUUAAGUGGACUCCAUUGCCACAAUCCUUGCAAAAUGGUCCCGGCAUUCACUAUAAAAUCUUUUGGCGACGCAAUAACUCUGAAGUGGAAUUCCAGUCACUCUUACUCAAAGAAUAUGGAAAUGUUGGAAUGCAUGUUGUGCAUAUUCCAUUGGACUAUUUCUUCACUCCAUAUAACGUGAAAGUCCAGGCUUUCAACGACAUCGGUGCAGGUCCAGAGAGCGAAGUGGCAACGAUAUAUUCCGCUGAAGAUAUGCCUCAGGUUGCGCCACAGCAAGUGUAUGCCCGAUCCUUCAACUCUACAGCUCUGAAUGUUACCUGGAACCCUAUCGAUCAGUCUCGGGAGAGACUACGCGGCAAAUUGAUCGGCCACCGCCUCAAGUAUUGGAAGCAAGCCAAUAAGGAAGAGGAGUGCAUUUACUAUCUUUCAAGAACAACACGGAAUUGGGCUCUCAUUGUUGGACUGCAACCAGACACAUAUUAUUUCGUCAAGGUAAUGGCAUUCAACUCGGCGGGCGAAGGGCCAGAAAGUGAGAGAUACUUGGAGCGGACGUUCCGCAAGGCGCCGCAGAAGCCGCCCGCCUCCGUCAACGUGUGGGCCGUCAACCCCAGCACCGUGCGCGUCGUGUGGAGAUACGUGCAGCCGACCGACGAGGAGGAACCGCUCAUUGGCUACAAGGUCAGAGUAUGGGAAAUAGACCAAGACAUGAGCACAGCCAAUGACACAUUAGUACCAGUGGAGCAUAAACUGGAAGCCUAUGUGACUAAUUUGACACCAGGCAAAUCAUACAACUUGAGAGUACUGGCCUAUUCCAAUGGAGGGGAUGGAAGGAUGUCUUCUCCCCCCAUAACCUUCCAAAUGGGUGAUUAUCACAGUGAUGUAUAUGGUUACUAUGUUCGAGGUUCAGCAUAUAGAUUAACAAUAUCAAAGGAUUCUCUAUUGAUAUACACUUUCGUUCUUUACGUAGUCUCUAAGAUUAUCCAUAUUUAGGUUUUAAGGAAAUAUGUAGGUUUUAAGAUGCUUAUUUUUUACAUGAUCAAUUUUCUAAAGAAUAUUUUAUAUUUUUAUAUUGACAUAUUCAAUAUGUCGACUGUGAGUGAACUGGUAACUGGCACUAACUAAAUAAAAACUUUACAGGACAAAGGAAAAAACUUGUUUCCUUCAGCUAAAUAGUAAUUAUAUACACCUGCCAGAUUAGGUGAAGCCUCCUUAGUGUAUGUGAUUUUACAAAUUUCUGACAAAAUAGCAUAAAGUGAGAUCAUCAGUUCACUCCCAGAAGACAUGUUAAACAAUAAUGAAUUCUUAGUAUGCUGACAUUCCUUUUUAUAUUGUAUUUCUAUUUUAUUUAUAUAAUGAGAGGAAUUCUUUGUGAUAUACUUAUCCGGCCAUUUUAUUUCUUUACAUUUCGUUUUAUACUUUUGUUGAUAUUUUUUUAUUUUUUAUAAAGGUGAUUCUAUAAUUGACAAUAAAUGUUGCUAUAAUUUAAUAAUAUUAUGAAUCUCUUAGUAGGUACGUAUUAUGCAAUAAUUCUUUGUAGAUCUGUUUUCUCUGAAACAAAAUCAUAUCAUACCUACGCAGUGAGUAGAUGUAAGAAUUACAUUUUUUUGUUACUUUUGGAAUACGAACAAUCCGAGCCAUUUUUAAUAAAUAAGGUAUUUCUGAUAAUAAAAUGUAUCUUUAUUUAAAUGUAAGUAUCUAUUUUACAAUUUUCUAUUACCUUUGACUCAAUAUCGUAACACCCAUCACAAUAUUUAUUGCAUAUUGUUAAUAUGUAUAAAUUCAGAAAACCUGCAGUACAAAAUGUAUGUAUAUUUUGAAAUGACAAAACUGUUCAUGAUUUCCCUUACUCGAUGCAAUAAAAAAUCUAAGUAAAAGCAAUAGUAUUUAAAGUAAUUUUUGUAAUAGGCGAAACAAAGUGAAUAUCCAUACCUUGUUCACUGAGUCGAGCUAAAAUAUAGGGCUCUCUCUUGCACAAUUGUAUAGAAGUGAAAAGGAUGCACUGUAAUUGUGAUUAGUUAGUGGAUGUGACCAUUCCAUAAAAAUGUAAGGAUGCGUUUAUAUUGCUCACUUCAAAACACCUUAAAGAUUUCUAGAUUUUCCUCGUGCCUUCUCAUGUGCAGUAUCGAGAUUAUAUUAAUAAUGAGAUAUUUUAUUUUAUAACAUCGGAAAAUAGGAAACAGUCCAGUGAGCAAAUCCAGGUCAACAAUAUAAAAGAAUCAGUCCGAGAAACUAUCCAAGUUAUGAAAUAAACAGAAUACAGUCUAAUGACCAAGCCCAGUCAAUGUGAAAAUCAAGAACUGAGAACAAAAGCAAGGAGCACUAAAAGACACGACGUCCGCAGUUAAGACUGACAUUUUAGUCGCAAUGUAAACGUGCCCUUUGUCUGUCAUCUGUGACCAAUGACGCGGUUCCUUUCUUCUCUAUUAGCUCGCCUCCUUGAACAUGGUAUAGGUAUUUUUUUUUAUAAAGUCUGGUAAAUUUUAAGGUAGAAUGGGAUAUGUAUUGCGUCCUUGUGUCGCACGAUUGUAUGCAGUAUACAUUUGUCUAUAAAGGCCGAUUCACACCAAUUGCGUACACGUGACACGUGCGUAGUGACGCGCGUAAACCCCUAACACACCGGGUUACGUAUACGUCCACGCUUUACGCAAGCGGUGUGUCAUGUUUCAUACAGUUCCAUACAUUACAACGCAAUGGUACGCGCUACGUCUACGCUUACGCAGCCUUUGUGAACGAGCUAUAAAACUGCGCAAGUGUCGCGUAGCUCAAACUCUACCACUAUUCAUUUACAUCAUAAUAUGUAGGAUUCUUAUCUAGUAAAAGUAGUAUUUUUUAUUCCACGACCAUGCCCUGGUUAUCUAUGCUGUGUAUAGGUCACAACCCCGUAAAUAUAAAAUUUGUAAUUCGUAAACGUAAGAUUUGCGAUAAUCCAGACAUUUGCGAAUGUGUAAAAUGGCACCUUAGAUGCCCCCCAUUGCGCUAUGUACAUUUCGCGUACCCGUAGAGUAUUUAAAUUGCUGCUAGAGCCAGAAUAAGGUCACUAUGACUUUUGCAAACGUUUAGGGGUUAACGCACUUCUUCCUCAUCAAUUUAAACAAUACAAUACAAGGCGUGUCGCAAAGGGUGUGCUUGAUUUGGAAUACUAACCUCUAGUACACAUAUUCGCAUGCAAUUGCGAAGCGAUUAACAAUGUCUUUGACGGUAUGCCUUGAAAUACUUUGGUGUUCUAACCCUUAAAUUUCAGACAAUAGAUAGAUAGAUGAACACUUUAUUGCACACAAAAACACAUGUAAAGGAACACAACACAGAAAGAAGAAAAACAGAAAAAACAAUUGUGUGCAAAGGCGACCUUAGUGCUUGGAGCAAUCUCUACAAGGCUCAGUUGCUCAUAAGCGUUAACUGUAACUGCAAGUAAUAUUAUUUCUGCCUAAAUGAAAAGUAUAAGUUAUAGGUAGGAUAGAAGUUUGCAAAACUUCCAGAAGAGUGCUUCUGGGAGUGAUAUGUGGUCUGUGCAGAAUGUGGAUAUAUUCUUAAAUACAUUUGAAAUAGUUUUUUCUGCUUUCUAUAGGUAACUAUUGUAUUGUAUUUUUAUAUGGUAGAUGUUUUAUUUUUAUUUGAAACUCUCGGAAUUGAGGCAGCUAAAGUUACAGGAUUUAUCUGGUGAAUAGAAAUGAAAUUUUGCCUUAAUAGUAACGUUAAAUGUUAAUGUGUAUUUUGUAAAAAAAAAUAUUUGUUCAAUAAAAUGACCCAUAAGGUAUAAUAUUUUUA